GUUCUCUGCGAGUUUCCGUCUGCUCUUGGAGGCGGCCGAGAUUUGUGCGCCAGGACGCCAGGACGCCGGAGUGCUCCGGUCUCUGCGGUCGGAACGGUGUAGUAUGGCUGUAGGGCAGAUUUGAGCGGUUCCGAGCGUCUCAUCGUCCCAAGAUGGCAGGGAGGGGACGCGGUCGGGGCCGGGGAAUGUCCUUCAACGUCGAGCAGCUCGGACUGACUCGGGCGGACACAGCAUUGCCGCCGAUCCUGCAGCCUCCGCCAGCCUACCCGCCCCUGGAGUUCUCCCCCGCACCUCUGGUGAACUCGGAAGAAAACAUCUACUUGGCCGCACUACUGAGAGACCAGCGGAGAAACAUGUUCGAGUCUGGCUUCAACGUGCAGCCGCUUGCUCCGCCCCAGUUGGUGGAGCGGUAUUCGGAUCGGUACCAGGCACCCAAGGCACCGGAGGUGGUCUACGACCUUUCCUACUUCCCGGCUGAGCUGCGGAGCACCAAGAAAGUCAAGAAGCGUCCGAAGGUCUCCAAGCCCUCGAAGGCUACAAACUUGGAUGUACAGAAGAAGCUCCAGGCUCUGGAAGAGACGGAGGCUAAGGCUGGCAGCGCUGGAGAAGAGGAGGAGGAGGAAGAGGUGAAGAAGGAACCCGGGACUGGGGAGGAGGAGGGCGAGGAGGAAGAGGAACUGGACGAGGAGGAAAUGGAGGAGGAGACGGACUACGCGUCGGGCUAUUUCGACAACGGCGAGAGUUAUCUCGAUGAAGAGGACGACAACCUCGACGACGGACCAGUCUACUGACGCCUCCACGUUGGGAUUUCUCUGCCCACUCGGUCCCUGCACUUUGCAGAGCCUCCCACUGUAAAUAAACGCUCAAUACUUUACGCA